AUGAUUUAUAGGAACUUGAUCUUUGCCAUUGGGGCAAAGUAUUCCCAUCUCAUCGAUGCGCCCUGGAAAGGAGACGAAAGAGACCACCUCAUCUACAUGACACGAGGAGUACAUCUCUUGGGCCUAAAGAACACAGUCAUGAUCAUUUCAGGACCGAAUUUGCAACUUGUUCAAGCCACGGGUGCUCUCGCCUUCUACUUCCUUGUCAUAGGCCAUGUAAGCCGUGCAUGGGUCAUGAUUGGGCUCUCGAUGCGUCUCGCAAUGGCACUUGGAUUACACCUACGAAACGAAGAUCCAACACAGAAUGAUGCAAAACGAGAGCCACUCAUUCAAACCUGGUGGUGUCUUCAUUCAAUUGAGUGUCUGGUAAGCUCCAUUACAGGACGGCCGCCGGUCAUCGCUCCUGAAGACUGCACGGUCUCGCUUCCCAAGAUGCAAAGUAGGACAACAGUUGCGGAUGUAGGUACCGCAAGACCGUCUUCACGGAGGCGAACAGACCACAAUGUCUCUUCAUCAAACCCAAGCCUAGAAGGGGAGUUUCGAUCAGGAGCUGCAGGUCAAUAUUUUCUUCAUUACACUGACAUCACACUCAUUUCGCAAAGAGCACUUCUAACUCUCUACUCGCCUCGGACUGCAGCCCAGAGUUGGCUAUACGUCCAAAACAAAGUGGCAGAGUUGCUCAACGAGCUGGAAAAAUGGGCCAAGGUAGCCCUGCCCCUCGCCAGCACUUCUAAUACCACGAGACAAUCUAAAACCUUUCGUCAUGGGCUCUUGCUCAAAGUUUCUCACUUAAGCACGAAGAUUUUGAUAACGCGUCCUUGCCUCUGCCGCAUUGAGCGACGUAUAUCUGGCGAGAGCAAUAGAUCGGUCAGCUCCAACGUGAAAUUCGCAGAGAUCUGCGUUGAGGCUGCUCGCGAGUUGACUACAUUGUUCCCCGACCGGGCAGAUCCGCGAUUCAUAUACUCUGACGGACCAUGGUGGGAUGUGGUGCAUAUUAUAAUGCAAUCUCUGGCCGUGUUACUCCUCGACAUGGCCUAUAGAGGCAAGCAAGGAAAUGGCCAAGAGGAUCACCCCCAUAUCGGUUGUGUCAAAAAGCUGAUUCGCUGGCUGCGUGCGAUGGAAGUUCAUGAUCCUGUGGCGAAACGUGCCCAUCAUGUUAUCCGGAAAAUUUUAAGUACUUACGCUCCAGCAUUACAAAGCCAGGCUCAGGAGCUACUAGCGGAAGAUCAGGAAAAUCACGAUGGGUACCAGCCACACGUUCAUCCACCCAAUCACGCGCCUUACUCGGAACAAGAUCACAGCCGUUGGAAAAUGUCAGAAUCAACAAACGAGACAUCUGGGCAAACGCAACCACCAGCCUUUGAUGAGGCGAGGUUUCCUCCCGCAGUUCCAAGUCCAAGACAGGAAUCUGAAUAUAGGCCUUACCCACCCUUCCCACUAGAACAGACGGCAAUGCCCAUGACAUUUGGAGGUACUUUCGCGACAGGUUUCGAUCAGGGCCCACCAUAUGUCAAUAUGCAAGGGUUGUGGGAGGAUCAAGUAUCUGCCUUCGAUCAAAGCAUGGCAAAUAUAGAUGUGGGCUACCCUUUGCCGAAUCAACCGCUUGAUCCCGAAUUGCAGGGUUAUUGGCAGCAGCCAUAUCCAGUGGGUAUGAUGGCGGGAAAUCCAGACAUCACGUAUCCUUUAGAUCAGUCGCAGGCGCCCCGGUGA